UUUUCCUCUGUACUUCCACUUCCCCCCUAUAAAAACGGUCUUUUGCAGAGAGAAGAACAGAAGCACUCAGUCCUUACCACCUACUCUUUACACUCGCCUCACCAAACUCGCACCAAUAACUCCGUCAUGGAUUCCGAUUUCGGCAUCCCAAGAGAACUCUCCGACCUCCAAAAACUCCGAUCUCUUUACCAGCCUGAGCUCCCUCCCUGCCUUCAGGGAACUACCGUGAGGGUAGAACUUGGUGAUGGUACUACAGCUGCAGACGAAGCUGGUGCACACACCAUAAGCCGAUCCUUUCCUCACACUUAUGGUCAGCCUUUGGCUCACUUUCUCAGGGCAACUGCUAAAGUUGCUGAUGCUCAUAUCAUAAGUGAACAUCCAGCUAUGAGGGUGGGAGUUGUAUUUUGUGGCAGACAAUCUCCUGGAGGUCACAAUGUCGUAUGGGGCCUUCAUAAUGCUCUCAAAAUCCACAACCCUAACAGUACUUUACUUGGAUUCUUAGGUGGCUCUGAAGGAUUAUUUGCCCAGAAAACUCUUGAAGUCACAGAUGAUAUCCUCUCAACCUACAAGAAUCAAGGGGGCUAUGAUUUGCUGGGACGGACUAAAGAUCAAAUAAGAACGACUGAGCAAGUACAUGCUGCCUUAACCACGUGCAAAAAUUUGAAAUUGGAUGGCCUUGUUAUUAUUGGAGGAGUUACAUCAAAUACAGAUGCUGCUCAGCUUGCUGAAACUUUUGCUGAGGCAAAGUGCCCAACCAAGGUGGUUGGUGUUCCUGUCACAUUAAAUGGAGAUCUCAAGAAUCAAUUUGUAGAAACAAAUGUUGGUUUUGAUACAAUUUGCAAGGUUAAUUCUCAGCUCAUUAGCAAUGUCUGCACUGAUGCACUCUCUGCUGAGAAGUAUUACUAUUUUAUCCGGCUCAUGGGGAGAAAGGCAUCGCAUGUUGCUUUAGAAUGCACGCUUCAGUCUCAUCCAAAUAUGGUAAUUCUCGGUGAGGAGGUAGCUGCAUCAAAGCUUACUCUUUUUGACCUGACAAAACAAGUUUGUGAUGCAGUCCAAGCCAGAGCAGAACAAGACAAGUACCAUGGGGUCAUUCUACUGCCAGAGGGGCUUAUUGAAAGCAUUCCUGAAGUGUAUGCUCUAUUGAAGGAAAUACAUGGUUUGCUACGACAAGGUGUUAGCCCCAAUAACAUUUCAUCUCAACUCUCGCCAUGGGCAUCUGCUUUGUUUGAAUUUUUGCCACCAUUUAUCAAGAAACAGCUGCUCCUUUACCCUGAAUCAGAUGACUCAGCCCAGUUAUCCCAGAUUGAGACAGAGAAACUUCUUGCACAUCUUGUGGAGGCAGAAAUGAACAAGCGGCUGAAAGAAGGGACAUACAAGGGGAAAAAAUUUAAUGCCAUCUGCCACUUUUUUGGUUAUCAGGCCCGGGGUUCUCUGCCAUCUAAAUUUGAUUGUGACUAUGCUUAUGUUCUUGGACACAUCUGCUACCAUGUUCUGGCAGCUGGUCUGAAUGGUUACAUGGCAACUGCAACUAACCUGAAGAAUCCUGUGAACAAGUGGCGCUGUGGUGCUGCUCCAAUUGCAGCAAUGAUGACAGUGAAGCGUUGGGCUCAAAAUCCAGGUGCCACUUCUAUAGGAAAACCUGCUAUUCAUCCAGCUGCUGUUGAUUUGAAAGGCAAAGCAUAUGAGCUUCUCAGACUAAAUGCGGUGAAGUUCUUAAUGGAUGACCUAUACAGAAAUCCAGGUCCCCUUCAAUUUGAAGGUCCUGGUGCUGAUGCUAAGCCAAUAACUCUCUGUGUUGAAGACCAGGAUUACAUGGGCCGGAUCAAGAAAUUGCAGGAAUACCUUGACAAGGUACGAACUAUUGUGAAACCAGGUUGUUCGCAGGAAGUGCUGAAAGCUGCUUUGAGUGUCAUGGCUUCUGUGACAGAUGUGCUCUUGACAAUGUCUUCAACUUCACUAGAUGGCCAGAAACCUCUUUAAGACACACAAAGUAUGCUUCUUCUCAAACUUCCCUGGUGCUGCUGCAUAGUUUGAGAAUUCCUUGGGCACAUUGUCUCCUUAAUUUGUAUCUUGAACUGUAGGUGCAUAUCAGUUAGAUGCGGCAAUUAGCUGAAUUUUGCCUCUUUUUUUUUCUUUUGCUAUUUUAUUUGGAAAAACAACUAAUUUUUGUUUUUUAAAUUACUUCUGUGUGUGAAAAUAACCGGAGGACUAUAUAUUGCAAGUUUUGCAGAGUUGAGAUUU